GACCAUCAACGAGACAAGAAAAUGCCUUUAACACCGCACACAGCAGAACCAGAAUGGUGGUUGAAAGAGCAUUUGGUUUGCUUAAAUCUCGCUUCAGAUGCCUUCACAAAACUGGUGGAUUUCUGCAGAUAACACCUGAGAGAGCUGCGAAAGUGUUUGUUGUUUGUGCCAAACUGCACAACCUGUGCAUAGACAAUGGUAUUGACUUUGACGGCCAAGUAGAUCAGCAUCCAGAUAUGGACGGUCAACCGUACCAGGGGAAUGUGGAACCCAAUGCACAGAGAACUAGAGACGCUUUAAUUAAUAGGUUCUAAGAAUGUUUUUCUGACCAUAUAAGAUGCAUGUUUCUAUCUUUUAUUGUAUUAUGAAAAACAUCUAGACUUUUCAAAUUGAAUGAAGUUAGAAAUUCUUCAGGAAAACUUUGAAAAGUUCAGUGUGUUUCAUUGUCCAAUGAAAGAUAAAAACAGACAUUUUAUUGUACCCCACCCCCCCCCACCCCCCCGACAACGAAGUUGUAAGAAGGGGAUAUACUGGUUUCAGGUUGUCUGUCCGUCUGUCUGUCUGUCCGUCCGUCUGUCUGUCCUUCCGAGCUCACAUUUGCAUAGUUAGGUGGCUAUAGGAACAAUAGGUAACUGUACUUUUUCUUUGAUGUCAUUCAUUCCGUAAGGCUUUUAUGUGGCUAUUUUUCUCUUACGUGGCUAAAAGAACAAUAGAGAGAACAAAAGAGUAGCCACAUAAGUAUCUAUAUGUAGGAACGUCCGUCUGUCUGUCCGUAGACACAAUCUUGUGCGCACCAUCUCUCCUCAUCCCCUUGACACAAUUUAAUGAAAUUUCACACAAGUCAUCAGUAGCAACAGUAGUAGUGCAUGGGGCAUGUUAGGUUUUUUCAGAGAGAAAAACUGCAGUUUUUUGUUACUAUACUAUAUACAUAGACACAAUCUUGUGUGCAUCAUCUCUCCUUAUCCCCUCAACACAAUUUAAUGAAACUUCACAGAAGUGAUCAGUACAUUUAUAACAACAGUAGUUGUGCAUGGGGUAUGUUAGGUUCUUUCAACAACAAAAAUUGCAGAGUUAUGGGACUUUGUUUCUUGUUAACAUACUAUGUACAUACAGUCUGCAUAUGCAAUCUUUUCCGCGCCUAAUCUUCCGAACCCUUGCACACAAUUUAAUGAAACUUCACACAAGUGAUCAGUACCAACCCUAGUUGUGCAUGGUGCAUGUUACGUUCUUUUAGAUAAAUAUUCUGAAUAGUUAUGAGACUUUGUUUUUUGUUACUAUACUGUAUACAUACAGUCUAUAUACAUACAGUCCACAUAAUUAUGCAAUCUUGUGUGUGUCAAAUUGCAAUGUACUGUGUCAGUGCAUGGGGGGGGGGGGGGGGGGUGUACAUUCAUCACCUUAAGUGAUAGCUCUAGUUAGCUCACCUGUCAAUAAAUUAAUACGAAAACUUGACACAAACAGUCAUCAUGAAAAUUAGACAUGCAAGACUUACUUUGAUUAUAUUUUGACAGUAUUUUUCUUAAUUUUUAGCUCUACUAUACAGAGUAUAAAGAGAGCUAUCCUACUCGACCCGGCGUCUGCAUUUUUCCACGUUGCAACUUUGGUUAAAGUCUUUUUUACACUUUCUCUUUUUUAGCUCACCUGUCAUAUAGCUUUUUCAUUAAUAUUGGGUCAAAUGAUAACUACAUCAAAAACUCAUGAUUCAGCUGUGUCAACUCAAGGUUAAGGUCACAUCUCAAGGUCAGAGGUUUGAGCUCUGUAUCUCAUAAAAUCUUUGAAGGAUUUUCAUGAAACUUGAGUCAAAUGAUCACCUCAUCAAGAUGGGCUGCAGAAUUCAUGAGUCAGUCAUGUCAGGUCAAGGUCACAGCUCAAGGUCAAAGGUUUACCCUUUCACUAUCCAUAACAAUGGUGGGUCUUUCAGACUGCCUUUUUAUAAUGAAAAUGUUUCAUAGAAAUAAGAUUAAAUAUACAAAAGAAAUAAUGGAAGCAUAUUGCUGUUUCGAUUAAAAAAUGAUGGUAUCUUAAGCAAGUAUUUUCAUAAAGGCAUAUGCUAGAAUUCCUGUAUAUGAGAUUGGUAAAUUUUUUAUUUCAAUAUGCAAUAAAAGUCAUAGGUCAUCGG